AUGUUAUUUCUGUGCUCAUAUUAUCCAAAACAUAUAAUGACAAUGAAGAAAGGUGCCUAUGAGGCAGACGAUGCGUUUAAUCGUCUGCAAAAUUCCGGCUUAAAAGGUCAAGAAAGUGGUCUGCGUGUCUACAACGGUCCUAUAGAUGAUCAGACAAAAUUGACGUUCCGUAGAGCCGUGCCAGAAAAUGUUAUGAAAGAGACUGUGUAUGGUCAGCGCUUUUAUCAGCAACAGCCUUUACAAGGCUCUAACCAAUAUUUAAGUGAAGACCCUCCAGAAAAUGUUAUAGAUGCUGUACAUGGACAGCGUUAUCACAACCAGCAGCAUCUACCUCAAAGUCAAAAACUGAAUAUACAACGUGAGCUGGAUCUGGAUACGAAUGAAUACGAAACUAUCAGAUUGAACAACAAAUAUAAGGAAGCACAAAGUUAUUCAAGACCCUAUCAAAGGGGAGGUGAUACCAUCUAUACACGUCCACUUUACUCAUAUCAGACAGAUGAUAUACAACAAAGAGGAAACGUUCACGAAGUAUAUGAACCACGGUACAAUUCUCCAUACCCAAGUCGUUCAAAUCAAGGAGUCGGUGGUCUGCCAGAACGUAGGAUUGUCCGAGAGACAUACGAGCCACAUCGCAACUCUCCAUACUCAAAUCGUUCAAAUCAAAGAAUCAGUGGCCUGCCAGAACCCAGCUCGAUUUCUAAUAAUGGCAAUACAUAUUCUUAUUCUGCACCCUUUCGCCCGAAUGUGGAGAUAGUGUAUGCUGAUGGAAGGCAAAACAGAUACAUAGACUAG